AUGCCUCGCGUGCGCGCCUCGGCGGCCAACAACACCACCUACACCGAAAGCCCCGCCAAACGCGUCCAGAUUCCCCUCAACGACGACGACUCCGAGAAAGCGGCACGUCUCCAAUCGCGCAAACUUGCCCACAACAAACAGAUAGACCAGCUCAGGGCCGCCACCUCACCAGCCAGGAAGCGCAAAUCACUAGGCGGAAGCGGAAGCGAGAGAGAUGGCGCGCCGCAUACGCCCUCCCAGGACCCGCAACAAGGCUUCACCGUAACCGGCGAUGCGGUCACGCCGAUGAAACGUGUACCUAUUUUAGCAAAUUUCGAGGAAUGGAUGAAGAUGGCGACAGACAACAAGAUCAAUGCGAGUAACAGCUGGAACUUCGCGUUGAUAGAUUAUUUCCAUGAUAUGAGUUUGUUGCGGGAAGGGGAUGGGGUGAACUUUCAGAAGGCGAGUUGUACGCUGGAUGGGUGUGUGAAGAUUUAUACGAGUCGGGUGGAUAGUGUUGCGACGGAGACGGGGAAGUUGUUGAGUGGAUUGGCGGAUAGUGGGGCAAGUAAGAAGCGGAGGGGUGGGGAGGAGGAGGGUGAGGAUGUUGAAGAGGAGGAAGAGGGCGAGGAUGGCGAGGUGAAGAAGAAGACGCGGAAGAAGGCAAGUCGGUCUGCGGAGGCUACCUUGGUGGCGAGUUUCGACCAACUGAGGUUGAAGAAGAUGGAGUUGGAGUUUAGUGUUGAUCCGUUGUUUAAGAAGGCUGCGGCGGAUUUUGAUGAGGGUGGUGCGAAGGGGCUGUUGAUGAACCAUUUGAGUAUCGAUGGGACGGGAAGGAUUGUGUUUGAUAGCAGUGAUGAUGUGCAGGCGGAGGACGAGGCGCGGAGGGAUAGUAUGGAGCCAGAGGGUGAGGGUGAGGGUGAGCAAGAGAAGGCGAAAGUGGAGGUGGAGGAGGAUGGACCGAUUGAUAUGGUAAGCUUAGCCGCACGCUUCUUUCCGGAUUUGAAUGUGCUGGACGAGCAGGAGAUCUGUCCCACGAUGAAAGGAUUCGAGCUGGGCGGCGAUGGCGUUGGAGCGGACCUACCUUUCCUCAAGGCGCCGGACUACUGGCGUGACGAUCAAACCAAGAACGCCGAGUCCGACGACAACCCAUCACGACAAGACGACGCACCACCCUUCGCCAUGAACGACGACGACUACGAUGCAGCUCCCCUCGCCGACUUCACGAGCGCAGGCUUCGGCGAAGGCGGUGAAGCCUGGGCCCGCUCCGCAGCCUUACACCCCCAGAUGCACGUCCUCCCCACCACCGAAAACGGCCUCGAACUCGACGCGGCGGAAGCAGGAGGCGAAGUAGGCACCUUCGACGCCAACUCAGCCUCCUACGGCGUAACGCUCUCCCACCGUCCCACCACUACCGCCACAGACGCAGAGAACAUCCUCAACUACUUCGACGCCGCUUUACAUGGUAACAAGGGCUGGGCCGGUCCCGAACACUGGAAGAUUGCCCGGAUCAAAGAAGCCAAUAAACCUGCGCAGCCGGGACGGACGAGGAAGGAGAAGGAGCCGUUCGAAAUUGACUUUCUCGCUCCACUGAGUGCGGAGGUGCAAGUGGCGAUGGGCACCAUGGCGACGAGCAAUGCGCAGAUUUCCCUGCCGAGGAGGGAGUGGAGGAGUCGGAGUAGGAAUUUGUUGCCGGACGAUCGACAUUUCAAUUCGAAGGAUUUGUUGAAGUUGUUUCUGAAGCCGAAGGCGUGGUUGGGGUCACGCAAGGCUGCGAAGGUGGUGCAGGUGGAUGGGGAGUUGGACGAGGCGUAUUGGGCUACUGCUGGCGCCGCAAGUGCAGAUGCUGCGAAGGCUCAGCUUCACCCGAUGGACGACGAUGCGCCGGUGCAAGGCGACUACGAUGCGAACUUCUUCCAGGACGACAAUCUACCCCUACCCGGCCUGGACGCGGACGGCGAAGACGAUGGACUGGAGUUUGCGGAUGCGAGAGAGACAUUCUCGCUUGCUGCCGCUGAAGGGCCGGAGGGCGCUGGUAUCGACUCGGUCUCCACGGCUACGGGAUCUUCGCAGCCGGAAUCUGGAGCCUUUGGGGCACAGCUCAUAACGCAAUCGCGGCGUCUAAGACCGGAGUACGUGGCGUACGCACGAGUGGCGAAGAAGGUCGAUGUGCGGCGGUUGAAGGAGGAGAUGUGGCGAGGGAUUGGCUUUGAUGCCGAUAAAGCAACCCCACAAACGCCAGCCCUCACUCACAUCCCAGCUUUAGCGAAAGACGAAUCGGGUGCGCUGCGGUUCACGGAGGUGAUGAAUAGUCUACAGCAUGUCUACCCGAAGCAGCAGAUGGCGGAUAUCAGCACGUCGUAUGGUUUCAUCUGCUUACUGCAUCUGGCCAAUGAGAAAGGGUUGGUAAUUGAGAACGUGGACGACUGGCAGGAUUUGGUGGUGAGGAAGGAUGAGACGGCCGUUGAUUUGGAUUAA